UUCAGGCACGCAUGGCUGUUCCGCUCUUUUCCUUAGUUUGACCCUUAACGGCUUCUGUCAGCAGUCAGACAUAUUGCCUCAGAGGAGCCGGGAGAGGCCCGUACAGUCCGGGGGCAGCAUGGACACCAUGGCGAGCCCCGGGAAGGACAAUAGCCGCAUGAAAAGCUACAAGAACAAGGCACUUAAUACUGAUGAAAUGCGCAGGAGGCGGGAAGAGGAGGGGAUCCAGCUUCGCAAGCAGAAGAGGGAGCAACAGCUAUUUAAACGCAGAAAUGUGGAGCUGGCUCCUGAAGAUUCUUCCAUGUUUGAUGGUCCUCUUAUGGAUUCCUGUGUCAGUUCCACCACUGUUGGGGAUGGUGUCAUUACCCGUGAGAUGAUUGGACUAUUGCUGUCUGAUGAUCCUGACUUGCAGUUGGCUACAACUCAGAAGUUUCGAAAAUUGCUUUCUAAAGAGCCAAACCCUCCAAUAGAUGAAGUAAUUAGUACUCCAGGUGUGGUUGAGAGAUUUGUGGAGUUCUUAAAGAGGAGUGAAAAUUACACACUGCAGUUUGAAGCCGCCUGGGCUCUAACAAACAUAGCAUCUGGAACCUCACAACAAACCAAAUUUGUGAUAGAAGCCGGAGCAGUGCCAAUCUUCAUCCAGUUGCUCAACUCUGACUAUGAGGAUGUACAGGAGCAGGCUGUGUGGGCGCUGGGGAACAUUGCAGGAGACAGCUCUGUUUGCAGAGACUACGUGUUGAGUUGUAACAUUCUCCCUCCUCUGCUCAUACUCCUAACAAAAUCAACCCGCCUUACUAUGAGCAGGAAUGCUGUAUGGGCCUUGUCCAACUUGUGCCGAGGGAAAAACCCACCUCCAGACUUUGAGAAGGUAUCACAGUGUCUCCCAGUGUUGUCUCGCCUCCUAUUCAACAGUGACUCAGACUUGCUAGCAGAUGCCUGUUGGGCACUGUCUUAUCUAUCCGAUGGUCCUAAUGAGAAAAUUCAGGCGGUUAUAGACUCAGGGGUGUGCCGCAGACUGGUGGAGCUACUAAUGCACAAUGAUUACAAAGUAGCUUCUCCUGCACUCCGAGCUGUGGGAAACAUUGUGACCGGAGAUGAUAUCCAGACACAGGUUAUCCUAAACUGUUCAGCACUCCCCUGUCUCCUUCACCUUCUCAGCAGCCCAAAGGAAUCUAUUAGGAAAGAGGCAUGUUGGACCAUCUCCAACAUCACAGCCGGGAAUAGAGCCCAGAUACAGGUCUGGACAAAAUUGAAUUCCUACAGAGCCAUGAGAACCAAGAGAUUUACCAGAAGGCCUUUGAGUUAAUAGAACAUUAUUUUGGAGUUGAGGAAGAUGAUGCCCAACUGGUCCCUCAUGUAGAUGAAACUCAACAGCAGUAUAUCUUUCAGCAGGCUGAGGCACCUAUGGAGGGAUUCCAGCUGUGAACUGGGGGGGCAAAGGACAUUUAUAGACCCCUACCUUUCACAUCCUUCUUUCAAGGAUGAAGAAGAAUGAUCAGGGAGGCAGCCCAAUGCCUUCAGUUACAAGAUACAGGACAGUUUAUCUUAAUUUCCCUUCGCACUUUUUUUUUUUUUUUAAUCCUCAUCUGUGGAGAAACUAGUUUGUUUUAAACAUCUAUGCUGCACACACUGACCUUUUACCUCCUGAAAGUACAUUUAUUUUUGCAUAAAAUCCAUGCACUGGCCAUAAUACUAGAUCUAUUCUGCUUUCUGCAAGGCUCACUGUGUUUUGUGGGGGUUCUUUUUUUUUUUUUUUUUUUUUUCUCACUGAGCCAGUUUAUAAAAACAAAACAGAUAACUUAUGGAAAUAUUAAUGCAGUAGACAUAAUAGCGCUGAUCACCUGUACCACCUGCGCCAGGACAAAGCGCAGAAAACAAAUAUGACUGUUUUUUUGUUUUCUUGUUGGAAAAAAGUAUAUAGAGAUAUUUAAAAAUAAAAUAAAUAAGGAAAGUGGUGUGAAUGGAGACCUGCCAUGGCAAAUGGGAGGGAGGUGCUGCUACUGCUAUAUUCAAGGUUAGGGGUAAUUUAGUAAAAGUUUAAAGACUUUAUAUGUGGAAACCUGCUGGUAUUUAUUAAAGAUGGUAGAUUACUGCAUUUGAGUGCUGAUACAAGGCUGGAGACCUAGUUACAAUUCCAGCUUCUGAGUGCCUUAUUGUCUCCCCUUCUGUAUUUCCAGAAAUAAUCACUUUGGGUCAAUGCCUAACUGUGUCCAUAUCAGGACUGUUUCUCUGAAGAAUGUUAUAUAUUAAAGGGUCAUAAAUUGCCCUCUUGUUUAGAGAUCUGUAGUAGUAUGCUAUCCACUUUGCAUACCUUCAUAAGCAGGUGCCCUAUUUGUCAGUAUUGUUAACAAAGACAUCCAUUCUCUGCCACAGGUUGUUUUCUCUGGUGUGAAUUGCAGAAUACAAAAUGUCUACUUGAAUUAAACAAAUAUUUAGCUGA